AUAAUCCCUAAAACUGAUGUUUACCAUAAUCAAAUAAUACAAUACCCAAAAAGGUAAUAAAAAUAUUAAAAAUAGAAGCUCCAAAUGUAUAUUGAUGGGGAGAGCCCUUCCCUUUCUGAAGCAAAUAAUACAAUAGGCCUUUUUUUUGUUUGUUUACAUUAGCCUGCUGACAUAUUAUUAACACCAAUUGAAAAAUCAAUCAAUCAACUCUCCAAAAAAAAUAGGACCUUUCUUCAAUUUCCAGAAAAUUUAAUUUCCAUAGCAAAUUCCCCCAAAUUAUUCCAAUUCAAUGGAGGAAUCGAAACCCUAGGGCCGCCAUAUUCAUCUUUUUCUUGGUUAAGUGACCUUCCUUCGUUUCUAAUGCAUGUAGCAGUGGAUCUGAAUUCCUACUUGCAAUUUGUAUUGACGGCUAUAGCUGUCGUAGUUGCACUACUUUACCUUGUGAAAACCACUGCUUCUAAGUACUUUGUCGUUGACGACGACUCUAAUUUUGAGUCUUCUUCUGCGAGUUUUGGUGAUCGUACAAUGGAGCCGGCAAUGCCGGAGGGAUGUGGCGUCUGUGGGAGUAUUACCAAAAAACAAUGCUCUCGUUGUAAGAUGGUUAAGUACUGCUCUGAAGCUUGCCAAAGAUCUCAUUGGAACUCUGGGCACAAAUUUAAAUGCAAGGAUUUUCAGUUAUCUGGGAAAGGCAGUUCUUUGCAAGGGAGGAAAUCUUCUGCUGUUUCACUGAGUCAUGCUGGUGGAACCUCUAGUAUCCAUUCAAAAAAGGUACUUUUCCCAUAUGAGGAAUUCGUGGAAUUCUUUAACUGGGAUAGUCAAGGUUUCCCACCUUGUGGGCUCCUUAAUUGUGGAAACAGUUGCUUUGCUAAUGUGGUUCUACAAUGUCUGACAUAUACUAAGCCACUUGUUGCCUACUUGUUGGAGAAAGGCCAUCUGAGAGAAUGUAGGCGGAAUGGUUGGUGCUUCCUUUGUGAGUUUCAACACCAUGUAGAACGGGCUAGUCGGAGUCAGCAGCCCUUUUCACCAAUCAACAUACUUUCACGGUUGCCCAAUAUUGGUGGUAAUCUUGGGUAUGGUAAACAGGAGGAUGCCCAUGAAUUUAUGAGGUUCGCUAUUGACAUGAUGCAGUCUGUGUGCCUCGAUGAAUUUGGUGGAGAGAAGGCUGUUCCUCCUAACACACAGGAGACAACACUUAUUCAGCACAUAUUUGGCGGUCACCUGCAAUCUCAGGUCAUUUGUACAGAAUGCAGUAAUAUUUCAAAUCAGUUUGAAAAUAUGAUGGAUCUGACAGUAGAGAUUCACGGGGAUGCUGAAUCUUUGGAGGAAUGCUUAGAUCAGUUCACAGCAAGAGAAUGGCUUGAUGGAGAUAACUUGUAUAAAUGUGAUGGAUGCAAUGACUACGUCAAGGCAUGGAAGCGCCUAAUGAUCAAGAGGGCACCAAAUAUCUUAACAAUUGCCUUGAAAAGGUUUCAGAGUGGUAGGUUUGGCAAAUUAAAUAAGAGGGUGACUUUCCCUGAAACAUUGGAUCUUCGUCGGUACAUGAGCGAAACAGGAGAUGGCAAUGAUAUUUACAAGCUAUAUGCAGUUAUUGUUCAUGUGGAUAUGUUGAAUGCGUCAUUUUUCGGUCAUUACAUAUGCUAUAUCAAGGAUUUCCGUGGAAGUUGGUACAGGAUUGAUGACUGCAAGGCGGUUACUGUUGAUUUGGAUGAAGUGCUUUCACAGGGAGCAUAUAUGCUCUUAUAUAGCAGAAUCUACCCUCGGCGAAUGUCCUUAUUUCCUCUUGAACCUUUAGAGAAAGAGGACCUGGAUACAGUUAAAGGGGAAGACAAGCCAGGAUCCACAGACCAACGUGUUGAAUGUCUCAGUGCAGCAGCGUCUCCGGCAACAGUUGUUGAUUCUGUUUCACCGCCAACUGUUAAUGGUUUGGAAGCUAAGAUAAUUGGGACCAAAGAGGAUCUAUUCUCCUUGACCAACCCUGAGGACAGAAUGGAGGAUCAGGAGGUAGAUUUUGGGGCAAGUUCUCAUGUCCAGCAGGAGUUGCAGGAUGUUAAACCAUACAGUGCAGCUAUAGAAACUUCUUGCCCUAGAGUGGUAUCCAAUAGUUCCUUUGGUGCUAGUUCUUCCGCUGAAGUUGAGAUUCAGAAAUGUGAAACAGAAUUCCCCAUUUCUGACAGUAAAGAUGAUACUGAACCAUGUCAAAGAACCACCAAUGACUGUCUGCUGAAUUCGUCUUUUAAUGAGGAUUCUGUAGCCAAAAAUGGUGAAAUUCUGGAUGGUGCUUCAUCAUCUGCAUCAAAAUUUGGUGACAUCUCACACAAAGACGAGGAAAUGCCAGACAUAGCUAACCAGAACGAAAAAAUUUCGUCUCAUGGCAUCCACAAUGUGGUUCUGAAAUCAGAUGCAGGGAGUUCCUCUGGAGCAAAGUUGAGGCCACUGUUUGCCCCUGGCUUCCUUCGGAAUCGUCCAUUGAAUCGAUGUGCCAAGAAAAAUGUCUCAUGGGAAGUUUGCCAUUAUAGCAGCCUUAAUGGUCUGACAAAUGCCUGUAUCAAGCCUGGAUUUUCUGAUGAAAACCACAUCGCUAUGGAUGACCAAGAUAGUGAUGUGGAAAUAAAAAACUCUGAGUCUGGUAAUGCGUCAAUUGGACAAGCUGCAAUAUCUCUUAAUGAGACUAACCAUUUGUAAAUCUGGAUAAUCAAGUCGCCUUGAGGAUGGACAUUCUGCUGUCCAUGUUGAAUGUGUUUGGAGCAGCAGUAGGUAGUGCCUGGGUUAGAUAAUGAAUCUCAUGGAUGAGCUGAACUAGAUCCUCUUAAAUGUCAAGGAGAAGUUUUGGAUAGCUCUUAAAAGAACUCGGAGAAGAUUGCUUAUGUCUAAAUUAUAUAUUACUAUGAUCGUUUUCCCAUUUAACCCCUAUUUAAGUUUUCAAGAGAUCUUAUUCUUCACCAAGGAACCAUUGCACCGUUUUCUCUCUCAAUAUUGUUGCAGAGCUUCUUCAAAUGUUGACAAUAAACUGGAAAAAAAUCAUGGUCCAGGAAUCACAUGUUCAUCCAUUCAGGGACUGAUAAGAGGUACAAGUUCUAGUCUAUGGAUGUUUUGGCGAUCCAACUUCAGUAGAGAUAGAGAACUAUCUAGUAAUAUACUUUUAGUUGAUAUUAUUGGUACUCCCCUGGUCACAAUAGAACAAGCUGGGAAUUUUUUCCAGGGUUUCAAUAUUUGAAGAAAUCUUGGACAAAUUGCUGCCUUUUGGUUGGGCCCAUCUAGUGAGAAGGAAUUAUCCACAAUACAGUUGUGGGAUGGAUAGUAGUGCCAUAAUUUUGAGAAAGUUCCAUUAUUGGAUGCUAUUGGUGCUAACCAUCUGUUGUAAAUGCUAAUUCUUUUGUUCUUAUUGGUGUUCAACACUGGGUGCUGUUGUUUAGAAAGUUAUUUUUUGUUUACUUCUCUUUUUGCUGUAAAGUUUAGAAGGUUGCGUGGAUGGUAUAUGGUUAAGAGGGUGGAAGCGGAAUAGAAAGCUAAUUUAGAAGUUGUUUGUCAGAUUUGCCAUCUUUCACAUAUUAGAAGCUUUGUCAGGUCUGCCAUCUUUCACAUAAUCGAUUUGUUCUCUAAGAAUGAGAAGAACAUUGUUUUAUUGAAUCAUUUAUUCUAGUCCAUUUGGUGAUUGAAUGUGUA